AAGGCAGACCUCGCCGGCUGCCGCGGGAGCGGGGAGUCCCGGGCAGGAGGGCGGCUCCAGGCAGGGGUGAAGGAGGGCAGAGCGAGGCCGUGGCGGUGCGGGAGAGGAGCAGGAAUCCGCGGCGAGGAUCGGCAAGAAAAGAGACCGGAGAGGGCUUCAAGGCUGAGGGAACGCGGAAGGUGAGCGAGAAGGGAGACUUCAGAAUGGCUCCCAUGUUUCCGCCUUGGGCAACAGGUGGUGCCAUUUCCCAAGGAGAGCUGCUCUGGGGAAACCAGGCUGCCUCUGACGGCCCUGAGGAUGCGGUAAAGGCGGGAGGCGUCCUAGCAAGGCAGUAGGAAAAUUCUAAAUACAACUGACAUGUGCAUCGCACUUUACAGUUUACACAAAACUGUUACGGAAAAGUGAGGCGUGACUGGAGCAGACUGUGUGCUGGGGGGCGGGUUCUGAGGGAAGUUUAUCUGCUCGGCAGGAGCAACCUGUUUAUAGAGAGAGCAAUGAACAUCCAACCUUGGAGGUCCAGCUUGAGUCCCCAAAUGGAGGAUAGCCCAGAAAAGCUGCAUUUAGAGGCAAGAGUAUUCAAAUAGUUCGUCUGGCAAAUUCCACUUAAAGUUAGUGGGGAAAGGGCAUUUUGAAUUCACUUCCAACUCUGGAAACCAACUGAAAGCAAAAUAAAAGAGCAAAAGAUGAAAAAAUAUAUGUCCACCUUCAAUUCAACAGGGGAAAAGUUAUAAACCAAAACUAUGAAGAAUGACUGCCAAAUGAAGAAAAUUUUGACCUAAAAUAUAGGAGAACACAGAGCCAACACAUUUCUGCACAGACUCUGGGAAAGAGAUCAAUUUACCAAAAAUUGUGUCAUGCUCCUGAGAAGUACAGCCAGUGAUCUGUGGGUACGCAACAAGGUCUAAGAUCUGACUAAGGGUGGGUCAGAGAUGGUCAGUGUUCUUCAAUGUCUGCCCUCUCUUCUCAUUGUAAGAGAAUUUCUGGUUUUUCUUCAAUCAAGUAUUGUUGAUUUACAAUGUUGUGUUAGUUUUAGAUGUACAGGAAAAUGAUUCGGUUAUAUUUAUAUUCUUUUUCAGAUUCUUUUUCAUUAUAUUGAUAUUGAAUAUAGUUCCAUGUGCUAUAUGAGACCCUCUGAUUUUCAGCUGAACACAAGACUGGCUGAGAUUAAGACUACAUUUUUCAGCUUCCAUUGUAUGUGGGCACGACCACGUGACUGCCUUCCAGCCUGGGAGAUCAGGGUGUGAGCGUGGGAAGUUUGAUUUUAAAGAAAGAAGGUACACUCCUUCCUGGUGGCUGGAAUGUGACCGUGACAAUGAGGCUGGAACAUCUGUCUGGACGAUAAGAGCCAUUAGUUGACAACUAGUAUUUCAUCUUGCGAAGAGACAUUUUUCUAAAGUUGGUUGCCCCGGUGACCUUUCGCCACCACCGCUACGAUGAGCUGGUGCGGAUGCUGUACAAGGUGCACAACGAAUGCCCCUACAUCACGCGGGUUUACAGCAUCGGCCGCAGCGUGAAGGGGAGACACCUCUACGUGCUGGAAUUCAGCGACUACCCUGGAACCCACGAGCCCCUGGAACCAGAAGUCAAGUACGUGGGGAACAUGCAUGGCAACGAGGUGCUGGGCCGCGAGCUGCUGCUGCAGCUGUCCGAGUUCCUGUGCGAGGAGUUCCGGAACGGGAACCAGCGCAUCGUCCGGCUGGUGGAGGGCACGCGCAUCCACAUCAUGCCGUCCAUGAACCCCGACGGCUACGAGGUGGCCGCUGCCCAGGGCCAGGACACUUUUGGGUACCUGGUUGGCAGGAACAAUGCCAAUGGAGUGGACCUGAACCGCAACUUCCCCGAUCUCAAUACCUACAUCUACUACAAUGAGAAGAACGGAGGCCCCAACCACCACUUGCCCCUUCCAGACAACUGGAAGAGUCAGGUGGAACCCGAGACCCAGGCUGUGAUCCAGUGGAUCCGCUCCUUCAACUUUGUUCUUUCAGCCAAUCUCCACGGAGGGGCAGUGGUGGCCAAUUACCCAUAUGACAAGUCCUUUGAACACCGGGUCCGAGGUUUCCGCCGCACUGCCAAUACCCCUACGCCUGAUGACAAGCUUUUCCAGAAGCUGGCCAAGGUCUACUCCUACGCACAUGGAUGGAUGCACCAAGGUUGGAACUGUGGGGAUUACUUCCCAGAUGGCAUCACCAAUGGGGCUUCCUGGUACUCUCUCAGCAAGGGAAUGCAAGACUUUAAUUAUCUUCAUACCAACUGUUUUGAGAUCACGCUGGAACUGAGCUGUGACAAGUUUCCUCGCCAAGAGGAAUUGCAGCGCGAGUGGCUGGGUAAUCGGGAAGCUCUAAUCCAGUUCUUGGAACAGGUACACCAGGGCAUCAAGGGAAUGGUGCUGGAUGAGAAUUAUAACAAUGUUGCAAACGCUGUCAUUUCUGUCAGUGGGAUUAACCAUGAUGUCACUUCGGGUGACCAUGGCGAUUACUUCCGGCUGCUGCUUCCAGGUACCUACACUGUCACGGCCACAGCACCUGGGUUCGACCCAGAGACACUGAUUGUGACUGUGGGUCCUGGGGAACCCAAACUGGUUAACUUCCAACUCAAGAGAAGCAUCCUACAAGCAACCCCUAAGAGGAAGGCUCCCAACUCAGGGCACAGAAACAAGGUCUUACCAAAGAAAGUGCAGCCCCAGGCAGCUGGGAAAAAAGAACUGAAGAUGAAGCAGUCCCAGAGAGGCCCUGCCUGAAAUCCACAGUGCCCGGGGCAACACUUUAGAAAGGCUUUGUUCCUGCUCUCCACCAGAUGAGGCAUUCUUUCUAUUUUAUUUUUCUGAGACAUAUUUAAAUAUAAACACAUUCAGAACAAUUCAGAAUGGUAUCCAUCUGUUCCAGGGGUAAACCCUCUGAUGCAGCGGUACACACAUGCAGUGAUGUUUAGUAAGGUUUUCUGAUUCUAGGGCUAUGGUUUAGGUCCAGAAGGCUCCAUACCAGUCCACAGUACAUCUGGAGACUGCUUCUGGCUGGUUGGUCACUCUGUCUCCGGAGUCUGGUACAGAGCCUGCAGCAUAAUAGUAGGUACCCACUGAAUGCUUCUGGACGAAUGGCUGAAAGGCUGAGAUGAUCCACAUAGCAAGACCAGGUGACCGAUUCUUCUGAAAUCCCAGAGGACCAUCUCAACAACAGUCAGUAAUUUCUUACUGAGAAAAGGAUUUCACACACAAACACCUAGUCCUACUGCUGCCUAUUUUCAUACAUGGGCAUUUUAAGCAAUAUGCAUCUUUCAAACAUUUUCUGGGUGUAUGAGUGUAAUGCAAAUGCCCCUGUGGAAGGACUGUGUCCUGACCCUGUGCCAGCGAUACACAGCACUCUCCACCCCGCUGAGUUCCCCAGAACAAAACCAUUUGUGCUAAAAGCGUUAUUGAGCAAAGCAGAUGUCACUGAAGGUUUUGAAGGGAUGUGCAGUCUUUCAUCACACAGCAUGUGGCCCCCUAGUUCAUAAACUCCCAUUGAGUAUAUUGGGGUUCCCGAGUGCCCUGUCCUCGGGGCGUGGUGGGGGUUCUUUACCCAUUGUCACCCAUUUCAGGGUUCAGCCUCAGUGAGACAGGGCAGACUCCAGUUUCCCCCACUUGCUCCGCCUCCCACCCUGUAAGCCUCCCCGCAUCACCCCCCACCCCCAGCCUCUAACUAACCCAGCCCUUUCUUAACAUUGAGCAGUUCAGCCGCUCUCAACACAUAUUCCCACUCCCACCAGAAAACAAGAGGCGCCCUAACUGUGACAACCCACCCUCUGCAGGAGGCCACUCAAGAUUAAGAUUAACACAGUAUUUAUUUUUCUGCUACUUGAGCAAUCUCUCAAUCUCUGGUCAAAAGGAAAAUAGAAGAAAAUAUAUCUUCUUCCACGUAAAAAGUGAAUUCUCUCUUCAGUUGAAGAAUCUUUUGCUACAUUUUUUUCUUUCUUCCCAAUUUUAAUCCCACAUUCCUUGGUUCCCUUCUUAUUGUUAUGAAGAAGGAGCUACUUGAGAGAGCUCCUUUCGAUUCAGUGAGACUUUAUGCCUGAGGUUGCCAUAUGCACUCGAUUUUUCCAGUUGUCUGCAUGUCACUUUGUUUUCAAGUUCCCAGGUACAUAGUCACUGAACAGAGCUGAUGUUUGCAAAGUAUGGUCACAGUACUUUCCCUGGCCUAGCCAUACACUUUCAUUCAUUCAUUCAUUCAUUCUUUCACAUAGGAGACAUUCAUGGAAUCCUUGCUCUCAAUAAAUGCAGAGAAUACAAAGAGGAAUAAGAUACAGCUCGUGUUCUCAGGACUGCCAUGACCUAGUUGGGAAGGCAACUGAGUCAUUGCACUGCCUCAUGAUAAUUGCUAUGAUUCAGUGAACUCUGGGGUAGGGGAUGGGGAGCCUGUGGGAAGGGUGCUGCCAUAGUCUUGGGAAGAUCAGGAAAGGCAUCUCAGAGCUGGUGAAGUCUAUGGAGAGAUGUAAUAAGGUCAGAUAGAGAGGCAUUGGCCACGGGAGAGAAAUGGGGGAGCAAGAGUUAGGCUGAGGAGACUGCAAGUCCCGAGGUCUGGAGGCUCAGGAGAGGGAAGCCUUCAGGGAGCUGCAAGAAAUUCAGCACAGGGGAAGCUGAGUGAGGUGGCCAAAGAGGCCAGUGAGGUGGGGAGAGACCAAACCAUGCAGGACCUUUAGACCAUAUUACAGAGUUUGGACUUUAUCCUGAGAAGAACAAGUUGCCAUUGAAGUGUUCAACCAAGGGGAGUGGCAGAGUCCAAUUUAGAACCCUCACCCUGGCUGCAGCCUGAGAGCUGGCAGGGACAGAGGCAGGACUGAGUCAGCCAGGAGACCGCUGAGAGCCAGGUGGGAAGGUGGCCCCAUCCGGGGCAGGGCAACAGGGGUGGGAACCCCAGGCCACUAGUGAGUUACUGAGUCCACCUCCGUUCACUCAGAAGGCUUCCUGUCUGCCCCUAAGGGCUUCACUGCCCUUUUCAAGACUUGCAGCCUUCUCAUUCAGACCCUUCCCACCUGCCACCCUCAGAAUUUUAAGCACUAAAGGAGUUGCAGGUUUUCAACCAAACUUUAAAGUCUAUCCAGAGUAAAAUUCAUACAAGCCAGAGGUGAUGGUAUAGACAGAAAAUACUGUGGAAAAUAUAGAAUCUAGUCAUGUUUGUAUGAAAAUUUUUCACAGCUUAUGGAGGAAGGAUGUGAAAUCAGAGCUAAUGGGGAGAGACGGCAGGAUUCGCAGGACAAGCAGGAAUGUCCUCCAAUUUUGAGUCCAGCAUUUUCCUGGCCAGCCUCCUUUCUAUUUUAUAUCUAGGAUUUUAUUUUAAAUAGGGAAUCUUCCACACAAAAUGCCAGCCUCGAGAGAUGUUUCCUAAAGAGGUAGAAGACUAUAGUUAAAGGAAUGGAUUUUGAACUCUGACAGACCUGGGUUUUAAUCCUAGCUCUGCUCCUUAUUAACAAGUUACUUACCUUCUCUGAAUCAUGGUUACUCAUCUGAAAAAAA